AUGUCGUCUUCUCUGAUUGCUUUCAGCACCUUGCUCUGUUUAGCCGCUGCUGUGAUUGAGUCAUGCCCGGCCAAUUCGCCAAUUAGUUGCCAGACCAGCGGCACUAUCAAAAACACAUGCUGUACUGAGGUUCAGGGUCAAGUUUUGCAGACCCAAUUCUGGGACUCGGAUCCAGCAACUGGGCCCGCCGACUCUUGGACAAUCCAUGGCCUCUGGCCAGAUAAUUGUGAUGGCUCGUAUGAGGCCACAUGCGACAGUUCAAGAGCAUAUACCGACAUUGGCUGUAUCCUCCUGGAUAAAGGCCACGGCGAUAUCCUUGACUACAUGGAGACCUACUGGAAGGACUAUCAGGGAGACGACGAGUCUUUCUGGGAGCACGAAUGGAGCAAGCACGGAACUUGCUAUUCUACUUUGAACCCCGAUUGUUAUACCGACUACGAGAAGGAGGAUGAGUUGGUUGACUUCCUCAACACCACCAUCACCCUGUUCAAGGAUCUGCCUACUUACAAGUGGUUGGCUAACGCUGGUAUCACCCCUAGCUCUAGCAAGACCUACACCAACGCCCAGAUCACCAAUGCACUGCAAUCUAAGUUUGGAGCUACUCCUAUCCUAUCUUGCAGCAGCGGAGAGCUGAACCAGGUCGAAUAUGUCUUCAACGUCCGCGGAAGUGUUGCCAACGGUCAAUUCAUCGCUGUCAACCCUACCGGUACCAAAGGAAACUGUCCAAAGACUGGUAUCAAGUACUUGCCCAAGGACCUCAGCACUACACCCGAAGCCAACGAAGGUAGCUGUUCUUAA